GCUUACCCGCGGCGGUAUAAAAGGACGGAUCCCUUUGGGUUUAUCAUCAUUCGGACUUGCAGAAGCCUGGGUUGGAGUUCUGUGAGCGACGAGCUAGAUCAACAUGAAAGUCUUGGCAGCUAUCUGCGUGUUCGCCGUCGGCGUGAGCGCACAGGUUGGGCCUUCGGGCAUCGUCAGCCCCGAUGGGGUGAACACCCAGUUCUCCCACGACUUCGCCAAUGACAUCGUGCUGGUUGGACCCGCUGGCAUCGUCACGAAGUCUGGCGCCAACCGCCAGCUUACCCACGGAGAGGCCACCCUUCACGUUGCUGCACCAGCUGCUCCCCUUCCCGUGGCUCAGAUGGUGUCCCAGCGUGGCGUGAUUGGGCACUCUGGCAUCGUUCGCCCUGAUGGAAACAACGUCCAGUUCACCCAUGCCCAGGCUGGCAACAUCGUGCUGGUUGGCCCAUCUGGCAUCGUGACCAAGGACGGCUCCAACAUCCAGCUGACCGACGACCUCCACUUCGUCCAGAAGCGCGAUCUCUCUGGCCAUCUGGUGGGAGCCUCAGGAAUCAUCACCAAGGAUGGCCAGCUGAUCCAGCUGGAGCCUGGCGUGACUAUUGUCCAGGCUGGUCCCUCCGGUAUCAUUCUCUCUAACGGCAAGAACAUCCAGCUCACCCGAUACACUGAUGAAUGUAAUGCUGAUGUAAGAAUUGAUCGGCAAAUGUGUCAAUUUCCUGAAGUCACCAUAUACUUAAAAUAUCGAAGGUCCUGUAAUGAGUCUAGAUCCUGGAGAGUUUGUCGCACUGUAAAAAUGUUACUUGAGCACGAGACAAAUUGUUGGUUUGGGGCGCCUAAGAAAAGAAUGCUAUCAAGAUCCGAAGGUUCUCCCAGACCAGGAGACCGCUUACCCGCGGCGAUCAACAUGAAAGUCUUGGCAGCUAUCUGCGUGUUCGCCGUCGGCGUGAGCGCACAGGUUGGGCCUUCGGGCAUCGUCAGCCCCGAUGGGGUGAACACCCAGUUCUCCCACGACUUCGCCAAUGACAUCGUGCUGGUUGGACCUGCUGGCAUCGUCACGAAGUCUGGCGCCAACCGCCAGCUUACCCACGGAGAGGCCACCCUUCACGUUGCUGCACCAGCUGCUCCCCUUCCCGUGGCUCAGAUGGUGUCCCAGCGUGGCGUGAUUGGGCACUCUGGCAUCGUUCGCCCAGAUGGUAACAACGUCCAGUUCACCCACGCCCAGGCUGGCAACAUCGUGCUGGUUGGCCCAUCUGGCAUCGUGACCAAGGACGGCUCCAACAUCCAGCUGACCGACGACCUCCACUUCGUCCAGAAGCGCGAUACCUAUGGGCAUCUGGUGGGAGCCUCAGGAAUCGUGACCAAGGAUGGCCAACUGAUCCAGCUGGAACCUGGUGUGGUUGUGGCCAGCGCUGGUCCCUCCGGCGUGGUUCUGUCCAACGGAAAGAACAUUCAGCUCAACCUGUAAAUGAUUCUUCCAUUCUAAUCCAAACAAUAUCUUUUAAAACCAUCCUAUCGUGAUCUGAUGGCGAAUCUAUCAAUUUUCAAAUUUCUAUUUUACCAAAUAAAGAUUUAUAGAUAAUUACACG